UUGGCACGAGUCCUAGCAUUAGUCAUUUAGAGUCUCAUCCACACAGGAUCAAACUCCUCCCCUUCAGCGCUCUGUCUUUUUAUGUCCGGUUUUCCGUUAGGGUCUCUUUUCAAACAGCUGUGGCUUGAGGGACAGGUGGAAGUUUGAGAAUGUUGAAUAAGUUCAGAGGGAGCAGCUGUCAAAUUGGCUUCAUAGCAUAACCGGCAUUGUUUUGGAGGUGGUGAGGGACCCGAAACAAGGGGCAGAAAGACAAGAAGAGGAAAAAACUGAAGAUAACACAUUGAGGGAGGUGGGGACACCCAGUAUGAUGUUGUCAGUACGGCUGACAGAUGAUGGAGAGGGUUGUAUUCAGCUAUGUAACGGGUUCAGGCAGAACAUGGAGAUAGACCAGUGUCUGCUGGAGUCUCUGCCGUUGGGCCAGCGUCAGAGGCUGGUCAGGCGCAUGCGGUGUGAGCAGCUGCGGCUGUACUAUGAGCGAGAGCGGACGCUGCAGAAGCAGAGCCUCCCCAAGCCCCGGUCCUUCUACCGCAAAAAACAGAGGGUCAGCUUUAUGCCUCCAGAAGUCAUCCAGGACGCCAUCAUACGACACGAUGACAAAGAGGUGUUACGGCUGCUGAAGGAUGGGGUUGACCUGAACAUGGUUAUUUCCUCAGGAGGAUCUCUGCUCCAUCUGUGCGCCCGCCAUGACAAUGUGUUUGCAGCAGAGGUUCUGAUAGAGAAAGGACUGAACGUGAACCUGCAGGAUGAAGACCUCUGGACCGCCCUGCAUGUGGCCUGUGCCUGUGAUCAUGCUGAUAUGGUAUUACUGCUAUUGCUGGCCGGUGUCAACGUGCUCCUUCAAGACGUAAACGGGAACAUUCCACUUGAUUAUGCCACCGAGGGGACGGAAACCAGCUACAUCCUCAUCAGACACCUGGAGGAAAAUGGCGUGGACAUGAGCUCUAUGCAUCAGAUGAAGACCCAGCGGUCGUCCACCAUGCUAUCUGACGUGAAGCAGCUGGUCAGCAGCGGGGGCAGCGUCAAUCAACACAAUGACGACGGGGUGACGCUGCUGCACAUUGCCUGUGCCAGCGGUUAUAAGGAGGUGGUGUCUGUGUUGCUUCAGAACGGUGCAGAUGUGCAGGUGUCUGACAGCAGCUAUUGGACCCCAUUACAUCUGGCCGCCAAAUACGGGCAGACCCACAUUGUGAGCCAGCUGUUGAAACAUAAAGCAGAUCCCCAUCUUCUGAACUGCAACCAGGACAAGCCCUCAGAUAUAGCUGCCACAGAGCAGAUUGCAGAGAUGCUGUUGAGAGCAGAGGAAUUCUGGGUACAGAGACAGACAGACCCCUCAGCCCCGCCUCCAUCAGACGAGAGCUACACGGAAGCCAACCAGGACAGCAGCCUGCCUGUCAAAAAACUGGCCACUAUGGCUCUACCCAUUUCCAGGAAGGACAGUUUGUUGGAGAAGGAGGCGAUGUUCAGGGAUACAGGAGGAGCAUUGACCAGACAACCUUCACUUGAUAAUGGGCUGGAUGGAGCGGUUCCCAGCGCGGCAGGAAAACUGGAGCAGGUGAAACUAAUGCCUCCUGCUCCUAAUGAUGACCUUGCAUCCCUCAACGAGCUCACGGACAGCAGCCUGUUGUAUGAGAUGCAGAAACGCUUCGCCAACGACCAGAUAUAUACCUACAUUGGACACAUUCUUCUCCUCAUCAACCCUUACAAGGACCUGCCUGUCUACUCUAAUCUCGUCAGUCAGUUGUAUCUGAGCUCCAGUGGUCGUCUCUGUUCCUCUCUCCCGCCUCAUAUCUUCUCCUCAACUGAACGUGCUUAUCACAUGAUGCUUCAGGAGAGACGCCCACAGUGUUUCAUCAUCAGUGGAGAGAGUGGUUCUGGGAAAUCCGUGGCCUGUAAACACAUCCUGAAGCACCUGUCUGCCCGCUCAAAUUCCAAAGGCUUCGCUUUAGAACCACGAAUGAAGCAUGUAAAUGCCAUCUUGGAAGCUUUUGGCCAUGCCAAGACUCCGAUGAACUCUUCUGCAAGCCGGUUUAUAAAGUUAAUCUCAUUACAGUACUGCGAGAGAAGAAGAACUCUACUCAGAGCUCGUCUCUACACAUAUAUGCUGGAAAAGUCAAGGGUCAUCUGCACACGGCCACAUCAGCAGAACUUUAACAUCUUCUACUUGAUGGCUGAAGGACUUUCAGCUGAGGAGAAGAGUAAUCUGUAUCUCAACAAUGUCCUGGCCCAUAGGUGUCUGAGCACAGCGGCCCCAGAUGAAACUCCUGCGGUCGCUACGUCGUGUCCUCAGAGCAGAGAGAAGCUCUUGGCUCUUAAACAGGCUCUGCGUGCCCUCGGCUUCAACAGACUGGAGGUGGAGAAUUUGUUUGCGGUCCUCUCCGCGCUGCUGCAUUUGGGAGAUCUGCGCUUCACCGCCCUCACAGACGCCGACACUGCGUUUGUGUCCGACUUACAGCUGCUGGAUAGAGUUGCUGGGAUGUUACAGGUGAACUCUGAAGAUCUAGGCUCCGCCCUCACCUCUGACGUGCAGUACUUUAAAGGUGAUGCCAUAACAAGGCGCCACACUGUGGAAAUGUGCAACUGUCACAGAGACCUCCUGGCCAAAGCUCUGUACGGACGACUCUUCAGCUUCUUGGUCAAUAACAUUAACUUUCACCUCCAAGGCCAAGAAGAAAACAUUGGAGAUCCUGCGCUUGAGAUAAGCAUUCUUGACAUCUUUGGCUUUGAGGAAUUCCAGAGGAAUGGAUACGAACAGUUGUGCAUUAACAUGGUGAAUGAGCGGAUUAAGAAGCACACCACAGAGGUCCUCUUCCAGUAUGAGCAACAGGAAUGUCUGCAGGAGGGGGUUGCCAUGGAGACGAUACGCUCCCUUUGCAACCAGCCAGCGGUAUUGGACUUCUUCUUCCAGAAGCCUCAGGGCGUGCUGUGCAUCAUUGAUGAGGAGAGUCAAUCCCUCCGACGGUGUGAAAUCAACCUUUAUAAGCGUCUGCAGAUGCAGCUGGAUUCCUCCUGCACUGACUGCAUUUCCCUCACAACCAAAGAUGGCAACGGGAACCCCCCACCCAAAGACCAGGGGCCAUCGUUUACCGUCACUCAUUACGCCGGCAAGAUGACCUACGACCUGACCGGCUCGCUGGAGAGGAACAGGGAUGUUCUGCCACAAAACAUUCUGUUUGUUAUGAAAUCUAGUGAGAGCGUGCUCGUCCAUCAAAUGUUCCAGUGUAAGCUGACUCAGACGGGCUCCCUGGUUCCCCAGCACCAGCGACUGAGGCUUCGUGGGCCCAAAGGCACGAUUCUUAACAAGAGUGCUACGCUUACCCCUGCCAGAGACGCCAAGAAAUAUGUGGAGCUUAAUAAGCUCCUGAAGAAGAAGGGAGCGACGUCCUUCCUCCAGAAGCUGGAGCGCUGUGGACCGGUUACUGUGGCAGUUCAGCUGAGGAACUCUCUAUCCGAGAUCACCAGUAAACUGCAAGCCUGCACACCCCAUUUCGUUCAGUGCGUGAGGCCUAACACCAUCGGAAAGCCUGAUGUCUUUGACAGCUUCCACGUCUCAUCUCAGCUCCAGUAUGUGGGGGUUCUGGAGAUGGUCCGCAUGAUCCGCUACGGAUACCCGGUCCGACUAUCUUUCGCAAACUUCCUGAGCAGAUACAGAGAGCUGGUGGACACCAUCCUCACGGAAAAGAAGAAGAUGUGUGCAGAGGAGAAGUGCCGGCACAUUCUGCAGCAUUGUAAACUCCGGGGCUGGCAGAUGGGCAACAGUAAGGUUUUCUUGAGAUACUGGGAGGCCGAUCACCUAAACGAUCGCUGCCAUCAACUCCAAAGGAAGAUCAUCAUGUGUCAGAAAGUGGUUCGUGGCUGGUUGGCCAGGCAGCAUGCCCGUCGCAGGCUCACCUCUCGGCAACAGGAGAAGUGCAGCGGGCAAAGGUUCCUGCAGGGGGCGGAAGACUCGGGCAUGCAUGUUUACGACAGCCUGGUCAUCCAGAACGCAGCUGAUAUCGCUCGGGAGAACGAUCGCCUGCGGGGUCACAUCAGCGCACCGCCGCUGGGCGAGCGCCCCGAACCCGUUGGGAAAGAGGAAGACUCGCCCAAGAGGGUCGUCGAAAAAAGCGGAAGGGUUAAUGAUGUAGCGGGCCGUGGGGGAGGCCGACCACUCCGACAUUUCCGCUCCAGCUCUGUACCGCUCCCCCUGGUAAUGGACAGCUUGGUACAUUCCAACAUUGGGACAUCAAUCAAAGCGGCCCUUCAGCCUGCGCCACACUCCAUUGAAGAGGGGAGUGGGGGAAGCAUGUCCUCGCCACGAAAACAACCUCCUCCCAAACCGAAACGAGACCCUAAUACACGUCUGAGCGCUUCGUAUGAGGCGGUGAGCGCAGGGCUGAGUAUAGCACCUAAAGACAGCCCUGCUGACGGCCAGGCCUCUCCGGCUGGAAGCCCACCUAAAACUCAGCUUUCUCCAUCUGAUCCUCUGUCCAAGCCACGCCCUCACAGCGAUGACUAUAGCACCAUGAAGAAAAUCCCACCCCCAAAACCCAAACGCAGCCCCAACACCAAACUGACUGGCUCCUACGAGGAGAUUUCGGUACCCUCCCCUGCACGCCCCACGGACAUGAAGCUGUUCAGUUUGGCACGAGGGGGCCACUACUUGGGCCUCAUCCAGCGAGCAGCGUCUGUGGAUGGCCCUCACUCUUCUGUGCUAAGCCUUUACCCCUGUCAGGAUGAGGAGGACGUGUACAUUGAGAUGGUGGGGGCAUCGCGGGCCCUCGGCUUGGCCGACUCCCAGAGCCCAGACCUGAGUGAGGCCGUUUAUGAGGAAAUGAAGUACUUCCCACCUGACGAUGUGGGCACAGCUCCGGUCGUUAUGCCCGAAGCCGUCAAUCUCGCUCCCCCACCUGCCCCAGUGAUGGAAGCCAAGAGGCCCGUGACCCUAAUGGAGCCCCCCAGCACACUCCUGGGAAAGCAACCGGUCAAAGAUGGGACGUGUGACAUUCCAGCUCCAUUCCCCAAUCUCCUUCCACACCGGCCCCCGCUGUUGGUCUUUCCCCCGUCCCCUGUAACCUGCUCACCCGCCUCGGACGAGUCCCCCCUCACCCCUCUGGAGGUGAAGAAGCUCCCGGUGUUUGAGACCAACCUCAAUUACACCAGCCAAGAUGGAGGCAGCCCACUCUCACCCCAGUAUGCCCGCCAAAGGGCUGACUCAUCCCCGAGUCUUUCCAUCUUAAUGCCGGACAAAUCAACGCCGCCCUUGACUCCUCCUGCCCUUCCGCCACCUCCCGCAGCACUCCCACCUCCCUACCGUCCCCCUUCUCAUUUUCCUUUCCCCCCUGAGCCAGGCUUCCUGGCCCACACCCGUGCAGCAUCUGUAGCCAGCACAGAUUCACCCAAAGUUCCUCAUAAAACCGGGCACGGUCUGACAGAGACGCCCCCGAGUAGCGCAAAGCCUCCCUACUCCCCCGUGAAGACCUCACGUCCAGAACCCCGCAGAGCUCACUCAUGUUCCUCCUCUCCUCUGCUCUUUAACCCGGCCAAUGGGCGAUCCCUCACCAGCCCCCUAGAUGAGCUGAACACUCUCUUCAGCACAGGCCGCACCCUGCUCCGUAAAUCCACCACGGGAAGAAAAAUCAGAGACAGCGGACUCUCGAAUUCCAACAUAAACCUGCCGGGUCGAGAGGAUCAGGGACCCACCUCUCUGUUGCCGCAAUUACAGGACAAAAACGCCAACAACCACACCUCUUCCAUCUCUUCAAACCCUGCUCCCGUUGAGAACGGCAACCAGAUCUCUAACGGGAUGUUGGAAGACGAGGGGCAUCCAAAGUCAAACGCAUCCGGCACCUCUGUGAUGCACAGACACAUGGACAGCCAUCACACUCAGGUGAUCCAGCGGACACGUGCAGGUGGGGAUCAUCGGGCCACUCUGCAGGAUUUAUUACGUUGGCGGAGAAGUGUUUGUGAUGGCCGACCAGACUGGCAGAAUGCUUGGAUCCACACAAACACCUCACCCACCCUAACGUUGAAGAACAAGACGUCCAUGACCAAGAAAGCAUCGCCCUAAAGAUUGUGGUGUUCCUGAGUCAAACAUCAAGUAUCCUGACCCAACUCCUUUGGCCCGAUGGCCCUUUUUACGUUAAACCCUUGUCCUUCUGUAAGAAGGGCCAGAUUCUGAACUCAGGUAAGAAGGGAAUCCUAAUGAGAAGGACUUGCUAAUUUUCCUCUACCCAUUGUCCUCUCUUCACUUCUUUUGAGAGAAUGAAGAGAUCCAUGGAAACACAAUUGCUCCACACUUUCCGCUCAAACUAAUGGCCAACUGGACCAAAACCAAGAGGCCCUAAGUCUAAUACCAGGAUCAUCACUGGGCAGCCAAAAUAGGCACGGCUAUUUAUCCCAUUUACGAUGUCCUAAAUGUUGUAAUGUUUUUAAGAUCUGAUCCCGUAGCCUUGAUCCGACGCUAAUCUUAUGGCUGUGCGAACAUCUAUUUCCUGUACUGUGCUACCGUGUGCUAGUCUAAGUCCACAUCGUUGGCCAUAUUUUAGUUGAAACUCUGGUGCUGCUCAUUUCACGUGUGAUUGUCGUAGCCUGGGUUGGGAAAAAAGUGCCAGUUCUCUCUCAACUCAAGCACUGCAAGGCACAUGGUUGUGACGGACAGCCUUAAAGUUUACAAGACUUUGUGCGUUGACCUCAGAGGUCUAGCUUUGUGUCCUUCAGGUUCAGAGAAGCAGCUACACCUCAUGCUUUUUCAGGUGCUUUGGUUACCCUCCAUCAGAGGUGGCAACCAUCACACACAGGUUGUGACCUUAAGAAGAGGUCAGGGUUCAGGGAAAUAACCAGUAACAUCCCAGGUUCAUGACAUUUCCACCAGCUUCUGGAAUACAUCCAUCCGUGGUAAACUUUGCACACUGUAGGCCAAUACAGACACGGGACUACAACUUGUUCAACUUGUUCUGUUGACAACCUUGGAUUGAAGAAAGCUGCAUUUAUCUAAUGGUUAAGGAGCACAAUUCUCCAAAUACACAUGGAAACCGAACAGUCGUUACUAAUGGGUGUUACUGCCAAUUUGACCUAGAAAACUCUACAGCAUCUCCCGCAUUAAGGAUUUUUGGACUUUUCUUCAAAGGUGCUCAUGCAAGAAUGCUGGGAUAUGUGGAUAACAUGAACACAUGCCUCGUAGAAGAUUCAGACAAUCCAUCUCUCUCAAUGUUCCCCAUGUGUGAAAGUACACAGACCUCCAAACCGAAUUCUCAAGAGUCGUGGGAAAUUUGGUUUGUACAUACAGUGGGCAUGUGCAGAUUUAUUACCUGAAAUGACUGGAGAAUAAAUAUUUUUGGACAUAUUUUGCACCAACAUAAAACACAGCCACGUACCUGACAGGCAUUUUUCUUUUUCUUUUUUUUUGAGAAUGAACAGUGCUUGGUGCUUCACGUGUACUGGUUAUCUUAAGUAUGAUUGAACUGGUAAUAUACAGGUUGUGAAGGCAGAAUGUAUUAUGAGUAUAUUGACAUAUUGUUGUCUAUAUAAUGGAAAGAGAUGCUCGAGGAUGACUGCAGCGACAGAAAUACUAAGAGGGUUAAUUUUAUAGUAUGAAAAUUCAUGAUGAACUCUAUACCCAUUCUCCAUCCCCACUAGACUGUGGUCAACAUUCAAUAUGUAUAAAAAUCUCAAAUGUACAGAAUGUUUGUGUUUGUGCAAGUACAGUAUGUUAGAGUUGCACCUUUGGCUCUUUUGUUUUAGCUUCAUGAAGCUGAGCGUGUGCUUAUUCUGAAGGUUGUGUCCUGUCUAAAAAAGGGUAUAUACGAUCUUAAAUUUUAUAGCAGUGUUACAGCUUCUAAAAAGAGCCCAUGCUGAUAUAAUGACUGACCCAAUACAUGUCAUGUUUCUUAAAAAAAUUGAAUGUACAUACCUGAUAUAUACAUAUUACUUCUUCAAAUUUGGAAAAACAUUGACAACAUAUAAUGCCAGGUUUGUUUAUUGAUUGUAUUGUUGCAGUUUAUUCAUGCAAUGUGGAACAGUGUGUCAUUCAAAUGUAUGACAUAGAUUCGUUUUAAGAUGAAGUGUGUAAUACAUUGCACCUCUAGCCUCACCAAAAGAAAUGUCAAAAGUUAGAAAAAAAGGUCAAACAUUUCAAUCAGGUUAUUGGUUGAACAGGUAGUCCCGCCCCAAACUCAACGCUAUUGGAUAAGUCGAUGUCUGGCUAGUUGGGAUAUUCCAACCUGAUCUCAUGGGAAUUAAUAACUGUUUUACGAGGUGGUUUAUUCGUAUGAAUUCGUACGUUGUGAAUUGUAUAAAAAUGUGCGAUUGCCAGAAGAAAACUAUCCUGAAAUCCCGCCCCUAACGUCACUUGCACGAAAGCAAAUCGUACUAAGCUGUACGAAUGAGAUCGUACGAAUUAGCCACAUCAUAAAAUAGUUCGGUUUUUGUCGUGAGAUUGUGUCGGAUAUUCAGUAGAUCAAUGUUUUACCAUUGCCUUGGUGAUGACCCUUUUUUUGGAAGUAAACCUACUAAUGGUUGCUUAUAGUUGUCUCUGCACCUGAAAGGACGCAUUUUGACAUUGAAAAACAUAUACACUUCAGCUUUAGACUUGUAGAAAUGUUUUGCUACGGGCAUGCACAAGUGACACUGUAGGUCUUCUGACAGUACAGAAUCCCCCAUUCAAACCCAGAGUUCAUUUGGCCGAUUUAAACCAUUUCACACAAUUUCCAAAUCACUGUAGUAGUAUUAAGGCUUAUGUGUUUCAUAGCUGUCAUUUACCAUUACUACUACUAUGUUACCCUGGUAAUGUGAAUAUUUUCCCUUCAGCCAUUCCAGUGGAUGUAUCAUUUACUGCUGUGUAGUCCUGCAGAUCAGAGACUCAAAAUCACUGUGCUGUUUUAUCUCAUUCAGGCCAGUGCUGAUGGACACAGUUUUGGGGUUCAAUUCACAGUUUUAGAUAUUUCAGUCUGCUUGACAUCACCAUUGCUUAACAGGGUUAAUAAUGCUAGUAUCUAAAAUGUUAGUUUAUUUAUAGAAAAAUAAUUAUUUUGUAAUGUUUAGUAUUGGCUCGCCGUCAAUACUAUAAGCAGAAAGAGACAAAAAGAAUUGUACAGUAUGAGCUCACUUUUUUACCUUGUUAUUGAAAAAAAGGGAACGUAUGUUAACGCAUGAGAACUCUCUUAGCUCCACGCCCGUGGCGUCUGUCGGGUUUUUGUGCUUAGUCUGCUUUGUUGUGGAGAUAUAGACAUCAUUCAUUCAUACCUGGUGCCGUGGAACCAUCCGAACUCCCUCGCUAAACAAUUUAUGUUCAAGUGACGUGAUGCCAACUUCCUCCCAACCCCCAGCUCAGUCCCAUCAUAAUAGGCUGUUUUUUUUUUCUUGUUUUGGUGGCAAAACAGAAACAACCGAAAUUGUUCUGCCAAGCACAAUACAUAGAGAUUGUGGAGAACAUUUAUCUUAGAGAUGAAAAUAAACUCAUCCUGCGCUUGCCCAGAUACAUGGAGCUCGACAAAAUGUUAAAUUAACUUGGCUGUCGCUGUCUUUUGUAGUCAAUGUGUUUGUUUUUAUUCAACUAAAUCUGAUCAUUCUGUAAAUUAUAAAUAUGCCUAUUACUUCAAUACAUGUGUUUGUGGGCAAAGAAAAAAAAUGUAUGUCUUGGUACCUAUUUUGUUUCGAAAUGUUUUAUAAAAUUCCUGUACAGCAAUAAAGCACAACAGUGUCGGUCUACUGAAGUAAAAGAAAACUUAGUCAAAUCUUUUUCUUCAUUCUGUCAUGUUCACUCAGAAUAACUGAAACCAUAAGCCCAUAAACUCUAUGGAGUGGGUGAUAUAUUAAAACAGAGUUAUUACAGUUAUUUCUGUUACAUUUUUUUAGCAGUUUUGUUAUAUGCUUUUGUCAUUUUAUUAUUUAUUUGUUCAUUUUUAUGUUGAAAAUGUUCUGUUUGUUUUGUCAAUUAAUAUAAUUUUGCUAUAAACCUAUUUCGGUUUAUUUCUGAGGGAAACAUUUCAAUUUUCUGUUUAGUUUGUUUUUCCAAUCAUUUUUAGGCCAAUAUAUAACAGAAAUGUGUUUAAAGUUUUAAUUUUAGUAGACGAAAAUAGCCUUGAUUAAAUAUCGCCGCCGUCUUUUGGAACCUCGGAUGUGCAAAUUCUCAGUUUUUCAGAAAAUGGGAAAAACAUUGUACUUUUAAAAUGAUUAUAUACUGUGUUGUCAAAGUUAACAAGCACUUUUUACUGCAUUUUAUUGGUUAGAUCUUUGCAAAACCCAGUGACAAACAUAAAAGUUGACUAAAAAUAAUGAUUUAUGACAACAACAAAAAAUAUGGAUAUACAAGGUUUCAGAAGGACAGCAGCAAUAUUUACCAUAUAUUCACGAUAAUCUUGCUGGUGACAUACAAUUAAGAGAUUAUGGCCUUUUAAUGUGGUUUUCUGGGCCAUUAAAUUGAUGAAUGAAAUUAUUCACUCUUGCUUGUAAUUAUU